GGCGGCGCUGUAUACUAGUACUUCAUUUAAAUCACAAAAUCGUCUUUGUGAAGCAUGAAUUGAACCUCAAUCUUUCUUUUGAGUAGACGAACAACCGGUUCAUUGAAUCCAGGCAAAUCGUCAAACAAAAUUAUCGAUAGCAGACGACACUAAACUAGCGCAUCGCAUUUUAGCCUGAAAACACAUUUUGGUCUCACAUAAAAAAUGUAGGCCUAGAAAAAUAGGCUAUAUUCUUGGCAGCAUUCGGCGCCUGAGAAUUAUAACCUUUAAGUUGAGAGGAGCUCGGAUAAGCUGCUUGUUGGGGCGAUCCACAAAUUUUACUCAAAUAUCAUCGGUGUAAAGAAGUUUUAAAAUAUGGAGCCAACUAAAGACUAUCUAGGAAUCAUAAGAGAAGACACACAGGUUCAGACAAGAAAACGGUGUUCCGAUUUCGGUAUUGAAAGCAGAUUUCCAAAAAUGGAUUUUAGUCCAUUCAUCCGACUACCUCCAAUUGUCAAAGGUAGAAUGCAUGGUUUGACGAAAUCGGACUCGACUAAGAUGGUGAUAAGUGGAAAUGUUAGCCCAAGAACAAGUUCAAAAUUUGACCCACUCCGUCGUGGCUUUUUACGACCCCCCAGCCGAGUCAGAGAACGUCCACCUAAAAGUAAUAAUUUCUCAAUUGACAAAACGAGGGCUGGCGGCGCAUGGGAAUCGAGGAAAACUAAUACUGUUUUAAGUCGUCCAUCAGUGGAGAAAUAUUUCCCUCAUUUGGCAGAAUUUAACGAAUUAUAUAAAGAGAAUGAGACACAGUCGAUACAGGACGAUCUUUCCAUAACUGAUUAUUCAUCCUGGUGGGAAGCAUCCUCUUUUCAUUCGCAAAAUCCAUCAAGACCCCCAACGCCUCAGAAUUCAAUUGCCUAUCCACGAAGCACUACAGCGCCACCAAGGUUGAAUCAAAGUUUCGUUAGCGAAAUAGAAGAAAAUAUUGACUUGACUGCAAUUGAUUUAGUUUCUAUAGCAAAUGAACAAGAAUACCAAGCGAUAUCAAAUGAACGUCAUCGUGCUGUGCAUAAAACGAUGAGAUGUCAUAGCGCUAAGACAAUGUAUCCAGACACCCCAGCAAACCAAAUAUCUCGGAAUCGUAAUGGACCUUUUUUAAACUCAGUUGUUAAGCGACGGAAGCCAUGUGUUCGUGCAACAUCGUCAGCAGUAACAAGUGAACGAGUAUCCAACAAAAUCAAUGCUUUAUCAAUGGAAUGGUGUGAUGUUCUUGGGCCGAAACAUUGCUAUCAUUGCAAUAAAGUUCAUAAACGUGAACAUUACGGGGCGUGGAACGAAUCCAACUACAAAAACAUAGCAAUCAAUGCAGAAAAUCUUUCAACUCUUACAUUGGUGGAGAGACUUAUGCCUCAUAUGGAUGUUAGGGAUAUACAAAGUAGCAUCGCAGAUGGUAACAUUUCGCGGUGCGACCUCAGGCGCAAGACGCUAAUAGACAGACGAAAAGGUGAAAAUACAGAAGAGCAAGCCACACCAAAACCACGUCGUAAAAUAAGUGCCUUUGGUGUGCCAGACGGACUUGGAUUCUUUCUAAACUUUUCUGAUCUUCGCUCACAGAUGCUGACAGAAGACAAAAAGAAAAAGACCUGCAAAGGUGUUAAUUUUGAUGUGUCCGAAUAUUUAACAAUACCAAAUGCAGACGUUGAUAUAGAGGUAGUUGGAAGCAAGGAAAAACACUACGCUAAUUAUUUCUCCCCUCCUCUCCUUUCACGAUCAGAUUCAAAGCCGAGUUUUUAUGCUGGCGGGAGCAGCAGCUAUAAGCUUCCCAAGACUGCGGGGACGCAUUCUCUUCGUCAAAGGGCCACUAAUGCAAUGGCCGAAAUGGAAGCGUCAAGUGUCGUUAAAUUUGGUGGUGUUGGUAACGAUGAAAAUGAUUCUGAUGAGCAGAGCUAAAAAGCUAAAAAACUUAAUAAUUUACACACCACUUAAGUGAAGUCAACGAUAAAUAAAAUGUUUAAAACUAUAAAUAAAAUAAACCACAAUUUAUAUACAUAAAUCAAUAUUCCGUAGGACAAUGGCCAUGUAAAUGUAUGCCUAAUG